AUGCAUACUCUCACUCAGACGACGCUUCAAUACUGGGCUCAGCAAUUCAGCAUGUGGCAUUUUUUGUACGUGAGCGAAGAGCGUGCCACUGCGUUUUGCCUUGAAGGCAAGUGCGAAAUAAUCACAUCAUCUGAAGACAUUCUUUCAGAUGAUGAAGUGUUAUUUCUUCUUAACGACCAAUCAGAGGUCCUUUAUAUACGGCAAAUCAAAAAAGGCAAUAAUGCUUCUUUGCUUGAAUUUGUUGGCGUCGUGACCAAUGAACCUGCUGCACCUGCUGUGACUGAAGAAAAUGAGGCAAUCCAGUUGAUUGUUAUUGCAGCAGAGCCUACACUUCAACUGGAUCAAGAAAUUAUUGGGCCACUUGUUGGGCCAGUUGAGGAAGGAGCUGCGGAAAGUAUUCAGCCGGAAAAACUUUUCUCUGUGGCAGACAUUCUUAAAGAAGGCAGGAUUGGGGUAAAGGGAGAUACAAGCGAGGAAAUUAUUGCCCGUCUCAACGCAGUCGAUUUCCCGAGCAGACGAUGCUCUCAAAAAGACCUGUCAUACCUCAUUUGGACUUCAGGCACCUGGCUGAUGAGAAAUUAUGAAAUGCGAAAAAACUUUCCUAGUAGCGACGAGAUUCUGAAAAUGGCCAAGUCCAUAGUUUUUUACUUCCCAUCGGCUGGGAGCUUCAAUACCGAGACACCAUGGGAUAUGUUAUAUGAUCCAUAUACCCGUAAAGGCUCCAUGGAAUCCUACAUGCGAGGGAAAAGUUUCAGGAAACUAUUGUCAGACAAACGUACUAAACGGCAGUGUACAACGGUCAUGUUUCCAGAAUGCAAUUCUUACACAGCAGAAGAACAAAUGGAGGCCGAGGAACACAUGAGGUUGACGCAUUUAGAUUCUUAUGAUACAAGAAAUCACAAUCGCAACGAAAUGCUACGUUUGAUAAAGAUAAAAGAAGAAUUCUUUUUACUCAAGAAAGGACUUAUUGAAACCUUCCUGUCAAAUUGGCGAAAGGCGGAAAGUCAAUUAAUAGAGUUUGCCAAGCAGAGAUUGAUAAGAAAUUUGGCCAUUUCGGCAAUCUUAAAGAGACGGGAGGAAGCUGUAGGACAGUUCGAUGUGGUUGAACAAACGAAAUGCGCCUUUCAUGUGCUACUUCACGCUGCAGCCAACAUACAGCCGGCCCCCAAAAAAAACGGGUCGACAGCGGAUGCAUGGCCCGUCCUUUUCCAGUCCUUCCACGAAAUAUUACUUCCGGAAGACGCAGCAACUCGUGCACACACCAUUGAGUUACCUGGUGUUUUAGAUAAUGGGGCAUAUUUCAUCAAGAUUGAUAAAACAGCAGUCGCACUUGAUACCAAAUGUUUUGACAAAGCAAUAGGUUACCUCCUAAUGUAUUACCACAUUCUCGAUAUUAAUUUCCCACCAUUAUUGAAAUUUGUGUUCGGAUUUCUUGAAUCGCUUUUCGAAAUAACUCCUUCCACGACCCCGUCGAAGAAGCCAAAAGAAUUGUGUUCCUUUGUUUUUGGUUUUCAAAAUAAACAGUGA